AUGGCUGUAAUUACCUGUCAGGUAAUGUAUGCGCAAGCGAUAGAACGUACCUAUUGGGCUUAUGUUCCUAAUCCUCCUCUUGUGAGAGCUAUCUCUUGGGGUGAACCUGAAGUACAGGUAUGCACCAAUGAAACUGCAUUCUUCCCACCACCCGUGUGUGGAGGAAUUGAACAUUUAUAUCAUCAUAUUAAUCAAUAUAGCAUAAGUAAUGUUACUGUUGCAGUGGAGGGCCUCCCCUUGAACAUUGGAGGACAUCCCUUUUGCCUCUCUACAAGAAAGCAUAAUCAUUACUCUUAUAAUACCUGGGGGGUAACAUAUAAUAAUUAUCAUCCUGCUGUCUUUACUGUGCUUAUUUCCACCAGGGGAUUCAACACGUCUACGACGCCAAUGAGUCACCAUCCUGAUACCUUUAUACCAUUCUGCUCUUCUAAUUUUUUUAUUCCUUCCUUAGAUUCUUUGGAAUGGGAAAGUUGCCGAGGUUAUAGGCCUUUUAAGGUCAUGAACUAUUCUGGAUUUGUUAUUGUAGAUUGGAGCCCUGAUCAUGGCCAACUUUUAGAAAAAUGGUCUAACAAAACUCUCAAAUGGUAUCGAAUUAAUGGUACUUUAAUGGGUAAUGGUAAUGAAACCGUAAAACGGCAGCAGUUUGCACUUGUUUCCCCUCAGUUGCAAUUGUUAGGGUAUCCCCACUUUCAAGGGAAAAUUUGGAAAUUAUGGGCAGUUUCAGGGAAUCUCACUAUAUGGUCGGGAAACUAUACUUUGAAUAUGACUGAUAGUUCAGGUCCCUUUCAUGUUAAUUUGCAUGUUAAUAAAUCUUAUUCUGCUACAGCUUGUAUAAAAUACCUCUUUGCAUUGUCGUAUGAGAAAUGGACUUGGAAUGCUACAGAGGGGUCUAUAUCAUGUAAUGAUUGUAAUUUAACACAAUGUGUAAAUCAGUCAUGGUGGAAAAUUUUUGAAACACAAACCAACAACUCUGAUUUUUCAUUGGUGGUUGUUAAAACUCAAACUGAAGUAUGGCUACCUGUAAAUUUGACAAGACCUUGGUCGGACUCUUUUGCUGUAUCUCAUUUAGUAGCUGCUGUAGAGACCUUGCUUCACCGAUCCCGACGCAUGCUUGGAGUAAUCAUAGCUUCAGUUCUUGCAGUGGCUGCAAUUACUGCAACCGCUGCUGUGGCUGGACUUGCUUUGCAUCAAGGAAUCCAAACAGCAGACUUUGUACGGGAGUGGCAUAAAGACUUUCAUUUAUUGUGGCAACAACAACGAGAUUUGGAUACACAACUUGCAACUGAUGUACUCAAUCUUCAACAUACUGUUUCUUGGCUUGGGGAUCAAUUAACUGUUUUAUCCACAAGAAGUAUGUUAAAAUGUGAUUGGAACUCCCCUCAAUUAUGUAUAACACCUGUGUCUUUCAACAUGAGUGAGGGCUGGGAAAAGGUGAAGAGGUCAUUAGCAGGACAUCAAAACCUAACUAAGGAAAUUAUGGAGUUAGAGCUACAAAUUUUGUCUACAUUCAGCAAAACGCUACCUGACAUUACUGGGUCUGGUCUGUUAAAGGGUUUACAGGAAGGGAUGAAUAAUUUGAAUUCUCUUGGUCAUGUAUCUACUCUGAUUGGAACUACUUUCAGGAAUACCUUGCUUAUAAUACUCUUAUGUUGUGUUAUUAUUGUAGUCUUCUGGUGCUGGCGAAGAAGGCAACAACUAAAAAAGGAUAGACAACGCAUUUGUGCUGCCUUACAGCUUGCUACUGCUUCUCAGAAAAAAGGGGGAGAUGUAGGAGCCCAACAGUGA